CUGUGAUUCGUGACACUGAAGACCAUCUCCUGUUCUCAUAUUAAUAAUCGUAACGAUCCCAAACACCACCGCACGAAUCGCGACGAAAACACCUUCGUGAUCGCACUCAUUUCCUUCUUCGGGUCCCUUCUUCUUCUUCUUCUUCUUCGAUCGCAGUAAUUAUUGGUUGCGAUGGCUGGACGAACUCCGAUCCAGACGAUUAACUCGGCUCUUAUUGCAAUGAUCGCCGACGAGGACACUGUGACUGGAUUCCUGUUGGCUGGAGUUGGUAAUGUUGAUCUGCGGAGAAAGACAAACUUCGUUAUUGUCGACAACAAAACAACUGUGAAAGCAAUUGAAGAUGCAUUUAAGGAGUUCACUGCAAGAGAAGACAUUGCAAUUGUGUUGAUUAGCCAAUAUGUUGCCAACAUGAUAAGGUUUUUAGUCGACAGCUACAACAAACCAGUUCCUGCUAUAUUGGAGAUUCCGUCCAAGGAACACCCCUAUGACCCUGCGCAUGAUUCAGUUCUUUCUCGUGUGAGCUACUUGUUCUCGGCAGAAUCCGUGGCGUCAGACAGGCGGUGAAACUAAUAGUUUGCAAUUUGUUUUUGUUUAUUGGUUAUAUGCAAGACUCCAUUUUGCCAUGGAGGGAUUAUAAACAUUUCUCUAUUUAUGACGACAGUUUGAUUAUAUAAUUGAGGCAAGUACCGAGACACGAUGGUGUUGCUUCAUUCCUUUGUAUUUCUCUUUUCUUUCUGCAGUGUUGUUAAUGGUUAAAUUGAAUAAGAGGAAUUCUAUACGGACAACUCAGUUUAUUAGCA